AUGUCUGGAAACUCCAACGUUGGCAACAGUGCCGUCUACGAGGCUGGCGAUCAGAGAAACGCCAAGGACGAGGAGACCAACAACGCCGAGCGUUUUCACGAGGGCAAGGAGCAUUCCCACUUGGCUACGGACUCCAAGGAUGAGCGCUCCAUUGCCAACAGGCUCGCUGCUGAGGAAAAGAAGGACAAGGAGGGAGAGGAAGAAUCUCUCGAAACCCGUCUUGGCAAGGAGGACGCCACACUCCCCGCUAAGCUGCACGGCAACAAGCCUUCCAGAGGCGCCGAGAUUGACAAGGAGCUCCAAGAGGAGGAUGAGUUGCGCCUGAAGCAGAAGGCGGGAAAUUAG